AAAGCAGUCAAGAGCCAAUCUGAUGACCCAAGAGAGCGACUGAGGGUUUUGCCAAUGGACGUGACUGAUGAAUCAACCAUUCAAGCAAUGGCCUCACAUAUUCGACGAGAGUAUCCAGACGCUGCUCUCCGUAUAGCUAUCACCGUUCCUGGAAUCCUACACGUCGAAAAAUCACCAUCGCAAAUUGAUGCUGCCAGCGCUCUAAAUAGCUACAAGGUCAACGCUCUCGGCCCCAUGCUGCUGAUGAAGCACCUGGCACCCUUUUUGCCUACCAAGUCUUCGAGGCCCUUUCUGGUAGCCUCAAGGCCUCGAGAGGACGAUUGCUCUUGGAAACUCCCAUCACAUGCCAUAUACGCCAUGAUGGCUGCGCGAGUAGGCUCAAUUUCGGACAACGCAACUGGAGGCUGGUACUCGUAUCGUGCCAGCAAGGCAUCUGUUUUCCAAAUAGCGAAAACCUUUGACUUAUAUCUACGCACUCGGAGCAAUGACCGGGCAUUAGCGGUAGCGAUGCACCCGGGUACCGUCCAAACGGACUUCACGAGUGAAUACUGGGAUGGACGAAACAUGUUACAGCCUCUCGACUCUGCUAAUAGGCUGCUUCAAGUUUUGUGUACAAUGAGGCCCGGCAACAAUGACGGGCGAGGUCGAUGUUGGGAUUGGAAAGGAGAGGAGGUUCUCCCAUGAAUGAGGACGAGGGACGAGUAUCAAUAAGGGAUUCAAAGGCAAACGAGCGCUCACUAGCACAUUGAUAU